GUCGUGACCUGUGUGCUACUACUGCCUGGCCCAUUGCAUAUUUUCCGAUGAAGCGACCAGAUUCUGACACUUUUCAACGCGACUCCAGCUUCGGUGACACAGCCAUGCUUCCCGUUCCUGGUGAUGACGCUCCAUCCAACGGCAAGGGCAAGCGUAUCGCCAUCAUUGCCGUGGCCGUCUUGCUCGUAGCAGGUGGUGUCACUGCGGCGAUUGUCCUGUCAAGUGGUAGUGGCAGCGGCAGCGAUACCAACUCCUCGUCCGGAAACAAGGGCAGCUCCACCACAGUCGCUCCUGCCAAUAUCGUCACCGCCGAGGACUUGCUAGGCACGUCCAAGCCUCCUGCCGGCGCGACCACAACCCCUGCGCCCACUCCCGCAUCUGACCCCGAGACUGGCAAGGCUGCGCUGACCAUGCUCGCCAUUGGGGACUGGGGAAGUACCACUGGCAAGAAGUCUGGCAGUACGCUGGACGACGCCGGCGAUCCUGGCUCGUGCUGUAAAAGAUUUGGCGGCAGUGGACCCAACGCCAACAAAGUGGACACUUCGCGACCACGCAUCAAGGUGGACUACUGGUCUCAGCUGUAUGUGUCUACGAUUCUGGCCCAAUCUGCUGGUGAGCUCAAGCCCAAGCCAGCCCGAGUGAUUGGUCACGGCGACAACAUCUACUGGAACGGCGCUGCUCCUGGCGACAUUGCUUACCGCAUGGAAGAAACGUUUGAGAAGAAAUAUGCGCAGCCGGCAUUGGCAGGCAUCAAGUGGGUCAACGUUGCUGGAAACCACGAUAUUGGCGGCUCGGACUUCAUUUGUGGGGAAAAGGACUACAGCUUUUACGAAUGCAAGGACACGGCCGAAUUGCUCAAGUACCUGGACCUCAAGUUCGAUCUCCAAGCGCAAUACAAGAGCCCGAACCAGGACCGGUGGCUCAUGAAGGACCACUACUACGUCGAAUCUGUCAAGAGCGAGGACGGCAGCGUCUCUGUGGACAUCUUCAACCUGGACACAAACCACGCCGACUCUCACGGACUACAGCAAGUUUGUUGCCAAUGCUACGGGUAUUCAAAACUAACCAAAACCCCGUGCACGGGCAACGAAGAGCCCGGAGAUGCCAACUGCGCUGGCGGGGAUAAGGCCAUGUUUAACGCUUGCAAAGACAAGAUCGACGGCUGGGCCAAGGCUUCGUUGGACGGCGCGGCUCGGGAUUUGGCCAAGUCCACGGCCACGUACAAGAUCAUCAACACGCAUUACUCGCCGCACUUCCACAUGGGCGAGCCCAAGAUGCUGGCGUGGUACAACUUGACGAAAACGUAUGGGGUUCACGUCUGGUUCAACGGCCACACCCAUGGGUUCAACCAUGACGUGGCCAAGUGGAACACGCACUUCUUUGAGAACGGCGGUGGCGGCGGUAUUUUCACUGAAACGUCAACUUUGGGCAAAAACGACUUCAUUGAUAACCUGUGGGUGGCUGGCGGCAACCCGUACGGGUUUAUGGAGUUGAGUUUUACCAAGGACUGGAUGAAGGUGAACUUUGCCACGUUCGACAAAUCGUGGGACUUUGGGGGCUACGACUACGAAGCGACCAAGUCGGGGGGGAUUGCGCGGGGUCAUUGUUGGUACAUUCCCAGUAUCCAAAGCACCAAGGGUGUCAAGUGCAAGGCGUCCAAUGAUUUGCCUCUCGGAGCUCCCAUCGGAUAA